ACCAGCUACUGACCAUGUCAGCAGAGUACCAGGAUGCUCACCUUGCAGAGGUGAAACCUCUUGUGGAAAAGGAGGAGGCUAUCACUCGCCUUCUUCCAGACUUUGAUGUUCAGGAACAAGAUGUGGAGACUGUGCAUGGCUCUGUCCAUGUCACCAUGUGUGGGACUCCCAAGGGCAACAGACCUGCCAUCCUCACAUACCAUGACAUUGGGCUGAACCAUAAAACUUGCUUCAAUCCUCUCUUCAACUUUGAGGAUAUGCAGGAGAUCACCCAGCACUUUGCAGUUUGCCAUGUGGAUGCACCUGGGCAGCAGGAUGGAGCAGCAUCCUUCCCAGCUGGGUAUGUAUACCCCUCCAUGGAUCAGCUGGCUGAAAUGCUUCCUGGAAUCCUGAAACAGUUUGGGCUGAAGAGCAUUAUUGGAAUGGGAACAGGAGCAGGUGCCUACAUCUUAACUCGAUUUGCUUUAAACCACUCGGAUAUGGUGGAAGGAUUAGUUCUCAUUAAUGUAAACCCCUGUGCUGAGGGCUGGAUGGACUGGGCAGCAACUAAGAUUUCAGGUUGGACAAAUGCUUUACCAGACAUGGUCAUUUCACAUCUUUUUGGAAAGGAUGAGAUUCACAGCAACCAUGACCUGAUCCAUACUUACCGUCAACAUAUUAUUAAUGACAUGAAUCAAAACAACCUUCAUCUCUUUGUCAAUUCCUACAACAGUCGUCGAGAUCUAGAGAUUGAGAGGCCUGUUCCUGGUAUAAAUGUUGUCACCCUGCAGUGCCCUGUGCUUCUGGUGGUUGGUGACAGCUCCCCGGCUGUGGAUGCUGUGGUUGAAUGCAACUCAAAGCUGGACCCAACAAAGACUACACUUCUGAAGAUGGCUGACUGUGGUGGGCUCCCUCAAGUUUCCCAGCCUGCAAAACUUGCAGAAGCCUUCAAAUAUUUUGUUCAGGGAAUGGGCUACAUCCCCUCUGCCAGCAUGACUAGGCUGAUGAGGUCCCGUACGGCGUCCGGCUCCAGCGUAACCUCUUUGGAAGGCACCAGGAGCCGGUCUCACACUGGGGAAGGCACAAGGAGCCGGUCUCACACUGGGGAGGGCACGAGGAGCCGGUCCCACACUGGCGACGGGGCCAGGAACCGCUCGCACACAGACACGCGCAUCGAGCUGACGCCGAACUCCGCGAGCAACGCCGAACAAUCAAGCCCCAAGUCCAUGGAGGUCUCGUGUUAAGCGUGUGCGGGUGGUUAAACUGAUCGCACUUGGGAAUAUUAACGGAUACCCCCCGUGUAUCACAAAGCAUAACUGGUAUUAAUCUUGAGCUUUUUCCGUAGGAUGAACUCUGUUCACCAGGGUCUGACAGGGACCAAAGAAAAGAGGCAUCUCAUUUGCUCUAUCUCCUAACUCAGACAGUUGCUGCUAUUGUACCCUCCUUCAAUGGAUGCCAAAUUCUAAGGGAUACUUGCCAAAAGUUGAUGUGGUUGUAAACACUUCAGAGUCAAAGCAGACUCGUUUAAUAUCCUCCUUUAAAAUCAAAACCAUUACAUGCCCCUUUAUCUCUUAUUCUCUUGAAGUAAACUGGCACAAUUUGAGAUGAGUUUUAGAGGGGGGAGAAAAAUCACUAUUGUGGAUGGCUUCUUUUAAAAGG